AUGGCUAACCAGUCAACGAUAAACCUUUGCCCAAAGCCUUUCUACGAUACCAGCCUUUUCCCGGAAGAUGGUGGAUUCGUGGAAGGAAGGUUGUGCUCGACAUUUUCAUCAGGGCUGACAUGCUGUCUCCCUUGUCCUAUGACGGACUGGGUAUAUCCAGAUCGCUUCGAUACCCUGUCGGCUGCUGCAAAUUGGGUUGCUACUGCCAGUGUAAUAUUCUGUGUGUUCCUACUCUUGUCAUGGGUUGCUCUGCCUGUGGAGAAGACAAACCGCCAUUACCUGAGCGUGUGCCUUACAAUAGCCGUUCUUCUCAUGAAUCUUGGGUUCGUGAUACCGUUGGCAGCUCAGCCGGAGCAGUGCUAUAACACCAUCACGCCCAAUAACAUGCAUACUAAUCCAGUAUGCGGUGCUUCUGGUGCUUUCUUGAUCCUUGGAGGUUGGGCUGGCGUGAUGUGGGUGUUCCUCCGGUCGCUGUCACUUCACCUGCAGAUCUGCUGGCAGGUUCUUGUUGGACGCAACUUUAUGAUCUUUUCCCAAGCAGCUGGCUGGGGGGUGCCAAUCAUUGGUGUCAUCCUUGCCAUCCUCUUUAGCGGACUGUCCUUCCGCUUUGGCGCCACCUGCCAUAUCAACCACAAGAACAGUCUCGCAGACUUCUGGAUCCCCUUGCUUGCUUUCGCAGGCUUGACUGUCAUUAUUACUUUUGUAACCUUUGGAUAUUGUAUCAAGGUUUACCUCGCAUCUCUGUCGGACCAUAGCGAGUCGACUGAAGGUUCCGGCCUGCCGACUCUGGCUUCCAUCUCGAACAGCAUGAGCCCCAGGCAGGCGUACCGCCGUGUCAGGCGCGUCAUUGGGCUGCAGUGGCGAGGAAUUGCUAUCGUUUUGAUCAUCAUCGCUGAUGUCAUUUUCUUCUCUGUUAUCUUUGUUUUCCAGGACAAUGUUGUCCAGUCAGUAACAACUGACCCCACAAUCGCUGAGGAUUGGUCUCUUUGCCUUAUCGCCAACAAGGGCGACAAGAACGCAUGCUUGAGCGAAGCAGGCCACCUGGUUGUCAAUGAAGCCACCGUCACAGCCGUCCUGCUGCUACUUGCGCUCAAUGGUGUAUGGCUGUUAUUCCUUCUUGGCCGCUGGUCCAUGGUGGUGGGAUGGUAUGAACUCUUGGGGCUGCCCAAGCGCGCCAAGAAUGAGUUCGUUUCUGCUGAUGCCCGGUUUGAAGACCGUAAAGAAAUACGUUCGUACGAGAUGCUCUCAAAGGAUAGGAGUCUUGAAGUAACAGCGAUGUCUCCAGUCACUUCCCCGCCACCCGUGGGCCAGAGAUAUACCCCGGAUUAUUUCCCCGAGUCGGCACGAUAUCACUAUAACGCCCCGAUGCAGUCUUUCUCGAACCCUCGCCCACCUAGCCGGCCACCCUGGGAUCCGAGCACGUCAUAUGCAAACCCGAAUGACUUCGACAAUAUCAACCCCCUGCGGAUGAACAGUAUUCGGGAAUCUCGUCGUUGA